AAAUACAAAUUCUAACCUAAAAAAUUUGCUAAGAAAUAAUGUAUGAUAGAAAUUAAAAAAUCUUCCGAGAUUAUAGAAUUUUAAAUAUGUCUAAUAGCAAUAUAUUCAUGAAAUCCGGCUUCGUCCGGGCGCCUUUACAAAAUGGAGUCGGUCGUUACGUUUGUCAGCUUCAAAGAAUAGUUCUCAAAUUCUGCAAAACUCAUGGAGGAAGCAGAGGCAUCAGAGAUUUCAUUGAACAAGAUAUGGUGGAGUUUGCCAAGCAGAACCCCGGGGUAGUGAUGUAUCUCAAACCGCGCCGUCACCGCAGUCCUAUAGUUGUGGCCGAGUAUUUGAACGGUGACCGCGUAUGGAUGAGCAUGCACAACAAAACCCACUCCGAAAUCACCAAAUGGAUCGAGACAUUGAGGACGCAACAAGGGGACAUUUCAGCCACACGUCUCCGGAAAUACCAAUAUACGGACCAUCCGUCCAUUCAAGGACCCUGGACGCCGUGGACGUUCAAGAAACCUGAGCUGAACACCGCAGAGUUUCCUAGCGAGAAGUUUGGAAGAAAUGACAGGCUUCCGUUAUCCGCUACGGAGCAAUUGAGGAUCAUGUUUGAAAAGCAGAAACUGAGUGAGAAAGAGAUACCUACGGCUGAAUAGAUUAGACUGAGUAGUGAUAUGGAGUAUCUAGGAUUAUCAGUUUCUUUAGAACUAGUGACCUGCCCCGGUUUCGCACUUUUAGCAUUUAUACAUAUAAACUUCAAUUUUAAAUCAGCCUGUCUAUUAAAAAAAUUGCAUCAAAUUUGGUCAUGUAGUUUUAGCAUGCACAUACUGAGAGGCAAACGCAAAAAAAGCAACUUUGCUUUAUGCUAUGAAGUGAAGACCUGACGAAGAAGAUUUGACUUUACGUACACCUUACACUUGAAGAUACUCUUUGUAUGGGCCAUCUGUCUCUAUAAAGAAGUUAAAGUAAUGGUUAUAACAUAUUAAAAAUGGAAAUAAACCAAAUCUCAACAAAAAUUCUGACCAGUGAUAAUAACAGCCUCUGGUCUAUAGUUUUGUAAGUUUGUAGAUAGUUAUGUAUAAAAUAAAAAGCAUAAAGAAUAAAA